AGCUUCUUAACUUGUUUUAGAUUCUGCACGGAUUUGUAAGUGGUGUCUUGCACAUGAUCGCACCGUUACUUUGUUAGUUAAUUUUGAUAGCUGUUGGCGAGCGGUUGCGCGCGCUCCACACAGGCAACAACAAGAUCAAAAACAAAACGACUUAACUAAUAAUAAUUACUUAACACUGUAGACCCCCGCCACUAGAAAAGAACAACUAACAGUGGGUGACAAUUGUGAAAACGAAUAUACAUUAAAAAUAAUAAACAAAAAACAAAAGAAAAAAGAAAAACAAAAAUAAAUAAAUCAAUAACAAUAUUCGAAAGAUUUAAAUUAUUUAAUUAAACAAUAGAUUUGGUCUAUAAUAUUGAGCAAACACAACGGUGCAAGCGAGAACGUCAACACAAGUUGUGAAAAAAACGAAUAAAAAAAAUUCAUAAAUUGCGAAAACUCAAAAAAAAAAUAUAUAAUUGAAAAAUUUCUGCAGCUGUCACAAAUUGCCGCAACGGUAAAUUUACGAAUUGAAGUAAAAAGUACAAACAAAGCAUUUAUGGAUCAGUGAGUGUUGAUGAUUUUCGUGAAAAUUCAUAGAAAAAAAACAAAUAAAAUAACAAAAAAUACUCGAAAACCACUCCAGCUGGCCAUUGUAUGACCUACAAAAAGUGUAUGGACUAGUGUUUUUCACAAUCAACAAAAACCGCAAUUGAGACAGAAAUUAGUCUAAAGGUGUGUACAAAUACUGGGCAUGAGAUUUCACAUUUAAGGCGCAAGAAAAACUAAAACUAAAUGUAAAUUUUUGUGAAAUUUCAUUUACGAACAAUUUUAUCAUAAAGUUUUGUAAUUGUCUAAGUAAAAAUUUAAUAAAUUUAAUUUUGUAAAAGAAAAUUGUUUAAGUGCUUUUCAACAUUAAAGUACCAAAAUUCCUGUAAGCAGAGCAAGAGCAGCGAUUUGAAUCAACCCAAAACGACCAGUCAAAGCGUUAGAAACGCUUACAAACACAACCAAUAUUUAUUGUGAUUUUACUUUCUAUCUUGAAGACUGAAAAGCUUCGGCUUUUACAUAACGGCCACAAAAUACUGCCAACACGCAAACGUAGUUCACAACAACAAAGUGUUAACAAAAUGAUUUCGCGUCGAAAAAUUAUAUCACGUUCCCUCGACAAUCUAGAUAUGAUACCGAAUGUCGAAGAGGAAGAGGAUGUUUGGUAUAACAAAGAGAAAUUGUUUAGGGAUCACAUAAACGAAGUACUCAGCAAAUGGGGGCAGAUCGAUGAUGAAAUAUGGGCAAAGGUGAUAGUGUUCGAAAAGAAUCGACGAGUGGCCAAGGCAUAUGCUAGAUCGUCGGUGAUCACCAUAAAUGGUGGCAAAAAUGGCUUUGAUGGUGUGAGAAUUGGUCUCAGUGGUUUUGAGAAUCCGAUGCGUGAUGCCGAUACAAAAUUAGUGAAAAAGUCAGUUGGAGAGGGAUUCAAAAUAAAAAUGGAUGAUAUUGGUAAUAUACUAAUUAAACGUUAUGGCAAAAGUAAUGUCUUCGUGCAUAAUACAUCAAUGGCCAAUGAGGAAACCGUUAUUGGUGGUGAUAUACUACAAAUGCCAAAUAUGGGACUAACGGCAGGUACUUCAGCCAAGCUCUUCGACAUGCGAAAAUAUACGACAAAUAUAAAUCGUGAAUUCUCCCGCUCCUAUCCCGAGAGUAGACGCUUGGAACGACAAUGUUUGUCAGCCAUUUCAUUAGUCAAAUCCAAUAACAAUCUAAUCAAUAACCCGCUUUGGAUUCUGGUCAUAAAUAUAGUCGCUAUUGAUAUGUUAAAGAAUCGCUUACAGACACUACCCAAGUCGGUGGAUGCGACGGGUAUGCGUGUGCCAAUAGCGGGUAGCGAAGAUCCAUAUUCAACGAUUGAGAGUCAGGUUGGACUUAUAUAUCCCACUCCUGCCGCCUCCGAUGAUUCAAACAAUUCAAAUAAUUCGAAUAAUUCAAGUCAGUCGAGCAAGGGGCGGCGUAGCGUUUACAAUGGUGGAUUCCUCGAUGAAAGUCCAUAUGUGCCAAAGCCCGAUUAUGAAAUCUACAAUCAAUCUGUGCCAAUGUUCUCAUCGUCACAAAAGAAUAAAUCUGAAUUGCGAAAGAAACAAGAUGAUCCAUACUAUUGCGGUUUACUUGCCCGUAUACCGAAUUUCAUUAAAUCUUCCAAGAAAUACCCGAAUAAAAAGGAAUCCAAAAUUUCGCGUAAAAUUUCAGCUUCACAACAACAAAUAGUCGAACCACAACCAGCACAACCGUUGCCCAUCGCCACAUUUCAUCAAUAUCCGGCACACCAACCACCAUACUAUCCAUAUAAACUACUACAUGCGCGACAUCAUAGACUCUCCCAAUCGCAAUUGUCACUGUGGGAUGCGCGCAGCCUGAUUAGCGCACAUGAGUAGAAAGACAUUAUGCGGCUGGUGUGAGUCGGAGGAGAGAAAGUGGGCAAAUAAAUAUAGUUUCUUUUAAGAGAUAUCGUAAGAAAGUUAAUGUGAUUUUUUUCUCAAAUCAAUAUAAAGCGUAAAUAAAAAAAAAACAGAUGAUUUUAGAAUUUAAUAUAUGCAACAACUGCGCAAUGACAUUACGCGAGAUAUAAAUACACGUAAUUGAAUUUACUUGUUUAUGCCUUGAAUUAUUAGUGGAUAAAUACGUGUAUGUUGUAAUGAAAAUAUAAAUGUAUGUAUGGAUGUAUUGCGACGUUAAUAAAUAUUAUAAAUUUAUUUAUUUAUAAGACACGUUUUUAGUUGAAAACACACUGCGCGUGUGUAAUACUAGACGAUAUUUUUGCCAUAAUUCUUUAUGUUUCAUUUUGUGUAGGCUUUUAUACAUACAUACAUACAUACAUAUGUACUGCACAAGAAGCCAACGUACAUGUAAACGCACACAGAUGCAUUGUAUGUAAGUACGUAUUUUUUAAUUUUUCUCUCAAAAAUUAAGACUGAAAUAUGUCCUAGAAAUAUGCACAUAAAAAUUAAUUGCGUGCAAAAAGCGUCGUUAUUAUUU